GGCCCGACACGCUCUUGGCCGGUUUUUUUCCCUGUCCUCAGCAAGUUCCUCCCGUUUAUGCACUGGAAUGUUGAAGGCGCGCAUGUCUCGUUGACGCAGUCCUUAUGCAGUAACAUAGGGUGACCAAUGCUUCUCCUGGCGUUGGCUAUAGCGCCAAGCAAAACACACCGUGGCAAACGAGCAGGUUGCAUUCGAUACACAUGCUCCAGCCAGCGUAAGCGUCUGCAGCAGCAGCGCAAAGAGGCUGGGCAGCUGAGCAAUCUCCAGAACCCUCUCGUUCGUGACCCUAUCUUUCCAGUUUAUCUCUCAAAUGUUCCGGAUGCAGCGCAUGUGGAAAGCGUUGAGUCGACGUUCGUGCUUGGCGUACGAUGUCCAAGUCUCAGCCCCGUACAAGAGUAUGCUUAAGAUGCAAGUUUGAUAAACCACUAUCUUGGUUUUCCUUGUUUCCGCUUGCAAUACUUACUACAUUUAUAUAUACUGCUCGAAAGAGUUCCUAUACCGAUGCUUUUCAUAAAGGGCCGAAAAUUGCACUGUUUUCAUACCUCGUGAAUUUGCGUACGGUUAUGUUCAGUUUACAUAACAACGAGGAGUAAGGAAUGCCACUAUUCUACUUCAUAAGUCAAGUUUUUCAAAUCAUAAUUUCACGGUUUAUAAUCGAAUGGUUACGUAUUAAAUCGGGCUAAUUGUGUUUGUUCGGGAGGAGAGCAGUGUCGAAGAGUCCACGAGGCUGACACGACGCUGUACUACGUUCCCCGCGUGCCGCAAUAUACGAGUAUUAAGCUUAAUUAUAUAAAUCAGUGCCCAUAUUAUAUUCUACCAAUGAUAGCAAAACUUCACGAUUGAUGGAGCUGUUUAUCGCUUAGAUAACAACAAUUAGUAUUAUAAAUGCAUGAAUAAUCAUUUUUCCAGUACGUAGUUACAUUCUAAAAGGAUCAGACGUUGCCAGACUCUUUCGCCGACUACUAACGGUCAUUUUCAUAUUUAAAGGACAGUUACGAUGUGUUUACAAACAGUGUUAAUAACCUCGUAAUUGAAAAGAAAAUUUUUAGUGUUUCAAAAUGGGGAAUUCUAAGUCUAAGAAAUCUCAGAAGGAGCCGGAUAAGUUCUUCGAGAGGGAAAAAUGGCGGGAACAGAGACGGGAGGAGAGAAGGCAGAAAAACGCGAACCCAGGGAAUAGGAGAUUCGCAACGAAGGAGGGGCCAAUACCGACGACGAUGCAGCUGGCGAGCGCGCCGCGGGCGUCGGCGAGCCACGCGGCCGGGCCGGCGCCCGCGCACGUCCGCUCCUACGACGACGAGGCGCUGGACCACAUGCGCUACCAGCUACAAAACGACUCGGAAACCUUUUUGCUCAACAAUAUUCUGUUAUCAGUGCAAUUUUUCGAAAACUUUGAAAGAGAGAUGUAUCAAAUCAAGAACAAUCCUAUGAGCGAACGCGAGCACGGUAUCGACGAGGCGAUGGUGCGCCAUCACAAGCACGUAUUCUUCGCGGACAGGCUGCAGGAGUGCGUUCAAGAACAUGUGUAUUACCGCAAACAACGCGGCUACCGCGAGCCCUUGCUAGCUCCCAGGCUAUAUAUUAUAUAUGACAAUAUUGAGGCUAGGGAGCCUGGUGACACUUCUGAUUACAGCGCGGUUCUUGAUGCACCCUUCUAUAAACUACGUGUAGAGGAUUGUAGAGAACCAGGAUAUGUUAAAUUGAAAAAACUUGAAGUAUUAGAAAGCUGUCUAUCAAGAGAAGCACAAGAAGAAAGACACAGAGAUUCGUUUUUAAAUUCAGAUGAUAGUCUAUACACUGAUUCAGAAAAAGAGUCCAAUGGAUCAGAUGAUAUUCCGCCAGUACUUAAAGGAGAAGAGUUACUCCAAAACCUUAAAAACAAGAUUGAGUCCAAUAAUGCCAGUAUCUUCAUUAAACCCAAUUCUAAAAUAAAUCAAAAUAUAGUACAUGAUAUUGGACGAAGACGUAGUGGACCGAUAAAACCGUUACAUUCACCUGGAAACAUUUCCAAUAUGAAAGCUAUAAAACUAACAAAUACAUCACUGCUAGAAGAGACCGAAACAGACAAUACUUUUAAAGUAGAAAACAAAGAUAAGGAAACAAACGAAAUGAAAGGUAGAAAAUCUAUUUUAAAGACGUCUCGUAGGCUGAGCGGACCUGUCAAGGAUAUUAAAGUUAAAGGUAAUCAAAUACGUAUCGACAAUACAAUUGCUGAAGACACAGAAACGUCAGGUUACCGAUCCACAUCUAGUAGUAGACAAGAAUUUGAAAAUGAUUCUGAUUAUGGAUAUGCAACUAUCAAAGAAUCUACAACACCGAAAAAAGUGGAGAUAACCAGUCAAUCUAACUACGCUCUUAACUCGGGAGUGGUACCAGACGAAUGUUGGACGUCAGUUCAAAUCCGUUCAUUUGAAAACUGGAGUGAGGACGAGGAUGAAGAAAUAGAUGAUACAGAUGCAAAAUUGUCCUCAGGUAAAAAUCUAUUCGAAACUUAUCAUUACUUAACAUCUACAAGCUUUAUGGCGAACUUUGUUGACAAUUUUAUGAUAAAAUUGGGAUCUAGCCUAGGACUCACUCCCGACUCUGUAAACAAUGCUAUGACGCAAGGCGCUAGUAUAUACUGUGAUAUGUUAAAGAAUGGCGUUAAAAUGACUUAUGAAGUAUUUCCUGCUCUUUUUACUUCGUGGCCAAACGCAGCUAACAGGUGGAUUAUACGUGAAAGGAGAAUAGUCACAAAUCCUCGAACCAAUUUUGCAUAUCAAUGGCCGUCCAAAAAUGUGGUAAAUAAAGCUAUAAAUUUUGGAUGCUUACUUGUACCUAUUGGAUUCAGGCCUAAACGCGGAUUGAACCCUGAUCUGAAAUUGCAGUGGCGAGUUACAUUUCCUGCUGCCGAACGUUACUUAGAGAGCUGUUUAGCGCAUGCACAUCUAAGAUGUUAUUUAUUUUCACUGGUGUUGCAUAAAACGUUCAUGGAAAAUCAAACCUCGAAAAUUGGCAUUGAUGCAAAUCAUUUGAAGAAUCACUUGUUCUGGCAGUGCGAAGAUAAUUGUGCAAGGUGGCCGGAAGACCGCCUAGGUGAAACUUUUAAAUUAUUUAUAGACACUUUUUACAGCAAUUUCACUCAAGGAAGAUUUCCAAAUUACUUUAUUGAUAACUGCAACGACUUUAAAAGUAUACCUAAUCCUCUUUUACGUGAAGUACAACGACAAUUAUUUGAUAUAAAAGAGUCUCCUGUUAUGCACAUGCUUUAUGCCCUAGAAAAAGUCAAAUACACUAAAAAAGAGUUUUACCCAAAAUUCAACUGCCUUAAACUUUAUGAAAUCUUGACAUGUCGAAAUCCUUUGCGCAUACUGAAUCCAAACCUCAAUAUGCCUGUUUUACAACGUAAAAAUAGUACGGAUACCGAUGUAGAAUGGGACAAUAGGGGCAUGGGAAAAAUGUAUGACAAAAAGUAUCUGUGGAAUAAGGAACGCCAUCGGCAAAUACAAGACACAAAACGAAAGACCAAGAAAUAUAAGACGGACGGAAAAAAUGAAAAGCGCGAAAUUCAAAUUGAUAAAAAUAGAAUCCUGCCUAAAAAAAUGGAGGCAGAGCGAAGACGUUUGGUUUUCGAGUUUUUUAUUCCUCACUUUAUUGCAAUGGCUCGCUCCAGCGAAACAUUCGGCGAUAUUCGUCAAGCGUUAAUCUACUUGGAGCAAGCACAAAGGCUUUGCAUGCUUCUGAUGGAAGAACCCGCUGGUGAGAUUACCGCGAACGGUUACCUAGAUGUUAUUCGCGACAAACUGACGGAUUGCCAGCGAAAGUUAGUGAAUCAAGUCGGAUACAGAUUGACACCGAGAAGUGAAAAGCAAGUGAGCCACAAAGCUAACUCUCACGUCCAUCCUAUUCGCAAAUCACGCCAUCGGUUCGAGCACAUUAUCAAUCAGGACUCCCCGACUGACAGUGCCGGCAUCCCCGCUUUUACUUUUGCGGAGAUUGAGUACACUGGGAAGUCUAGCGUACAAUUGACGGAUACUUAUGACGACGAAGAAUCAAAAUUGUAAUAUUUAUAAUAUUCACCGCCGCGGGUAAAUACUUUGAUGUAGUGAGAAUUGAGAAUGAAUGAAGGGAUAAAUAAAAUAAAACCGACGGAUGGGUAGCAGCGUCGGUCGAGGAUGUAUUUACAGCUGCGGUCGCCAACCCGCCUGCCAAGCGUGGCGACUAUGGUAUUUCCCUCCAAAGAACAUGGCUUUGCGAUUCUUUAGAGAGGCCUUCGUCCAGCAGUGGACGCACUCUGGCUGAUGAUGAUGAUGAUUGAGAAUGCAUUAAUACGAAUUUUAACAACUUUAACUCGUCGAAGUCGUUGUCAAAGCGAAAGGUGUGACUUUGGUGACAGCGAUGAGGUGUUGCUAUCAUAUUAAUUAUACCUACUUAUACUAUACAUCUAUGUAUAAUUGUACAUAUAUUGUAACAAGUUACUACUAAUUCUAUUGUAGUAGCCACUGUUAAUUGUCACUAAGAAUACACAUAACGAUAUAGACUUUCAGUAAAAUAAGUACCACAUUUGCGGUUAGAUUUGUAAAAUUAUAAAUAAGAAUCUCUGAAUAUUUUUAAAGAUUGUACUAGUAUAAGAGUAGUAAGUGCGAGGCAAAGUUCAUAUCUAUUUUUAGGCAAAUUGUAAAUAAUAUAGUAUAUGUGAACAAAGAA